UAAGAAUUUAGUGAAUUCUUCGUCACAAUGUUUUGGGUAUCAUUUAUUGCCGUUUUUAUUGUCAGUGCCAUUGGACUUCCACCGCCUACAUAUAUAAAACCAUGCUCAAUAAGUAAGGAUUUUGAAAAAUGUUCCCUUCAAGUAGGCAAACAUGCCCUGGCAAGUUUUGCUAGAGGGGACAAAAAAUAUGGAAUCCCCCCUUUGGACCCAUUUAACUUUAAAUUAUUGGAAAUAAAUUCAGGAACUCUGAAAAUCACCUUAACCGAUAUUGUAGCAAUGGGUUUAAGUACAGCUGAUUUCACAGGAAUGAAAAUUAUUGUUCCAACCAAACGUGUCAAAAUGGGAUUAAAAUUGAAUCAUCUUUCUUUAACCGGACAAUAUGAAAUGAACGGUAAAAUUUUGGUGCUGCCUAUUCAAGGGAAGGGGCCCUUCCAAUUACAUUUCUAUAAUGGAACGUACGAGUACAGUUAUGACUUAAAACAAGAAGUUAGGGAUAAAAUCACCUACGCUGAAAUUGCUAACGAUGACUUAGAAAUUGAUAUUAAAAGUGCAAAAAUAAAUUUUGAAAAUCUAUUUAAUGGCGACAAAGUUUUAGGCGAUGAAACCAAUAGAUUCCUAAAUGAAAACUUUGAAGAAGUUUUUAAAGAUUUGGAUCAAGCCCUUAAGCAAUCUAUUUCAUCUGUGUGUAGACUUGUCCUGCAAAAUUUCUUUAAAAGAAUUCCAUACAAGGAUUUAUUUUUGGAAUAAGGACAAAAAGAGGAAACUGUUAAUCUACGAGAAA